UUUUUCUGAGGGGGAAUAACUUCAGAGCUCCGCGUUCAUCCCGACGCACAGCAGCCCGGAGAGCUGAGAGGAGAGAGUGCAGCUGUGUUCUCUUAUCUUAAACAUCAGGGUAGGAGGAUACAGAACUAUGGAGAUGAUCAGAGAUAGAAUAAGUGCCGUUUUAUAAAAUUUUAGGACAUCGCAAGUUUGGAAUUAUUUUUUUCCGAUUUUUUUUUAACUUUGCAUCACCCACUGGCGAAAAUGUCUGGUUUGGGGGUUUGGAUUAACGCGAUUUGGAUUUUAUUUUUUGCCAUUUUUGAUGCAGCUCUUUCAAAUUAUUCUGAGGACCAGUGCAGCUGGAGAGGAAGUGGUUUAUCCCAGCAGCAGGGCAGCGUGGAGCAGAUCUCCCUCCACUGCUCCGAGGGCACCCUGGACUGGCUGUAUCCCAAAGGCGCCCUACGCCUCACCCUCUCACCCCGCCUGCCCUCUGUGGCAGUGGGGCCUGGUGGCAGCAGCUCGGGCCUCAUCACGGCCUGUGUCAAGCCCUCAGAGCAGUUCCACGGGGCCCAGCUCUACUUGGAGAGAGAUGGGGUCCUGGAGCUGCUGGUGGGGGACCGCCUGGAGUCCUCCCCCCCACCCAGGGUUCGCUGCUUCAGCCGACUGCCCGGGGAGAGGGUGGCCCUGUUCAUGCAGGCGACGCCUCACCAGGACAUCAGCAGGAGGAUCGCCUCCUUUCGCUACGAGCUGAGGGGGGACUGGACCGCUCACCUGUCGCUGGACUCCAACCCCAUCAGUAGUGAAGAUGCCUGCAGACCCUGCAACAACACAGAGAUCCUGAUGGCUGUUUGCACCAGUGACUUUGUGGUGCGUGGUAACAUCCGGUCUGUAGAGGAAGACGAGAACUUAAGGGCAGCGGUGAUCAAGGUCAGCGCCACCCGGGUGUUUCGCCAGAAGUACGCCCUGUUCACCGGCAACAGUCGCCUGACCAGCAAGGGUGAGAUCAGGACUCUGCUGCAGUGUGGCGUCAAACCGGGAUCUGGCAGCUUCCUUUUCACCGGUCGGGUCCACUUUGGGGAGGCCUGGUUGGGCUGCGCUCCCCGAUACAAGGACUUCCAGCGGGCGUACACAAUAGCCAAAGCAGCUCAGCAGAUACCCUGCGAACUGCCUGUAGACUGAGCGAAAAACUCUGUAGCAUCUUGUCUAUCGCACAGAAUCGAGGCUGGACUCAAAGUCAGGCCGAACUCAGCCCUGUUCCAUGUUUCGGAAGAAGCCACCAUGCAUGACUGUCGGUUGACGUUGUUGCCAUGGUGCCACCGACGGAUAUUCCCAAAGGACUGAGGAGUGAAAUGGACUUUCCCACACCAUUUCAGUGCAAUAUGCAGUCACCUGGUCCAAAAGGCCCAAUUGAGUUGUGACAUGAGGGACAUGGCGGAAAUGAGGAUUAUAAGCAUUUGGCAUUGGACAGUUUUAACAGUGAUGCCAUCAUGCUGGUUCAGAGAGAAUCUUUUGAAAAGCUUUCCAUUUGGGAUAAAUUAAGUUAAGCCAUUCAUUCAGGCCUAUUCAGAGUCAUUGCUUAGAAACUCAGGAACAUUUGUGAAAAGUUGGACAGAAAGCUUACUGCCUUUUAGUUGAUAUCCUGGUGAGGAUUCACUGCAGGCAGGUGUUGCUGUGGUCUAGGAUUUCAAAAUGGCUGCCUUUUUACCACAGUGUUUUUGUUCAGAUAAUGUCUUAACCAUGGGAUAGUGAUGUUUUGGCUACCCCUGUACUGGGGUCAUCCUCAGUGUUAUAAUUAUUAAGGAAAUUAAAAAUGAAAAGUCCUCACAAAAGGAAAUAUUAAAAAAAAUAUUUGCACUGAUUAAGGAAAGGGAAUGAUCUGGAAAGUGUGAUGCUGCAAGCACUGAAAACCAAAUAAAAAAAGCAACUAUAUGUAGCAUAGCGGAGCGAUUAAGAAUUUAAUAUAUGUACAGAUAAUUUGAGCACAUACAAUAGUAACAUAAAGCUAAGGCUACCUGAGCAGGAUUCACAGCUCGAUACAGUGCUGAAAGCACUUUCAUAUUCUAGCCAACUCUGAGAUUCUGUCUCUGAAAGGAGAUGCAGCCUUGUUUGUUUUAUAAGAUAUUUUAUAAGUUUCAUUUCAGUAGCAUUUCUUCAAAAUUCCAACUAAUUGGACACUUACUUGACUUUAAACAGAUUUAUUUAGAAAUAUGUUGGUUGCGGGAGUGUUGCCAAAGCAGUUAAACGUUUUGGUUGUUGUUAAAUCAUUCACUGCUUUCUCCUGAUGUUGCCAUACGUGCUAGAAAUGAAAACUAAGAAGCUGUUUAAUUUCUUUUUCUUUUUGGUCUGAAGUAAAACAAGCUAGGUUUUCAUUAAACAUUCGACAACAGCCAUUCACAACAGAAGUCCAGUGUUACCGUGUGCUAGAAAAAUGACAGUAGGGUGGAAAACAAAUUACUACACUGGACAAGGCUCGCUCAAAAGAAACACAAAAUAUGCAUUUAAUGUCUAAAAUAAAAUUCUCUUCUGUAAAAUGAUUUCAUAUCUAAUGUGCACUAUAUCAACAAGGGGAAGGGGUUCAUACCAAAUUACCAUGAUGUGCUGAAGCAGUAUGUCUUAAAUGCGUACACUGCCAUUUUGCUGUUUGUUAUAUUAAUGUGAAUAUAUGUUAAUAUCAAUGUGAAUGUAAAUAUGUUAAUAAGAAAUUCUAGAAACAACGGCAUGAAAAAAAUGCUUGUGGAAAAAAAAACAACUGUGUCUCAGUAUUGUGGAGUAUUUUUAUGUUUGUCUGUGUUAUUAAAAUAUACUGUAAGAAAA